AUGAACUCGUGCGUAACUUUCGGAACCAAUCAACAAACAUUGGUGUUCUCGGCAUCACAACAUGGCGGUGUAGCUGUGCCGCCGUCACGUCCACCGAUCAACUACUUCAUUCUACCCACCUUCAUCCUACACGUUGUUGGUCUGGCUUGUCUCUGGGCGCUAUGGUAUUAUCUACGAUUCACAACAGUUUUUCCGUUCCAUCACCGCGUGUUCUACUGCCGGGAUGUUCACCUUUACAAGCCGAAUUAUGUUCCAGAAGAUUUCAAUGUCUACGUUUCAUAUCCUCUUCUGUAUUCGCUAGGAUUCACUCUUCCACCGCUAGUGAUGUUCAUCGGUGAGGUGAUGUUCUGGUUGUUCUCAACGAAACCGCGCAAGACCGUGUAUGCGAAUUGUGCCGAAUGUAAGGUGCACCUCUUCACAAGGAGACUUCUACGAUUUAUCGCUGUUUUCCUAUGCGGUGCGUUGGUGACGCAGAUUUUUGUGGAUACCAUCAAGUUGAUGACUGGUUACCAACGACCCUACUUCCUUUCGCUUUGCAAUGUCUCAAUAAGUGCUUGCACAGCUCCGCUCGAGCAUUCCCCGUCUCCUUCGCCAAAUCUUGCGUGUAACUUCCGUGGCGCUGAUGAACUACGUUACGCUUGGCUCACAUUUCCAUCACUCCAUGCUGCCUUCUCAAGUUAUUCGGCUAUCUUUGCCUCGUGCUACAUCUACUACAUGAUAAAUCUUCGCGGCGCGCCACUUUUGCGUCCUUUCCUCAUUUUCGGAUUCAUCGGACUUGCUAUUGUCGACUCAUUCUCUCGUAUAAACGGCUACAAAAAUCAUUGGCGAGAUAUCUGGGUUGGAUGGCUGAUAGGAUUCCUCAUUGCGUUCUUCCUCUGCUAUUGUGUACUGUGCUUCCAAGAGGUCUAUCAUGUGAUCGUCGAGAAAACUCCAGUGAUCGAAGAGCGUGUCUCGCCGUUCUUCUCAUGGUUCCGUUUACCUCGAGUACAGGCACCAUCUGUAAGGGAGGAAUAUGUGAUGUACGAGGAAGACGUCCCCCAGACUGAGACCAUGCCACGUCAUCGAAAGGGUCAAGACCGGCAGUAUGAAGUCACGACAACGACAGAAUCGUAUCAUCGAACGAUCAGCCCACCGCAAAACAACGGCUACCAGUACUAG